AUGUCCGCCGUUGCUGAAAAGAAACCUGCUUCCAAGGCCCCAGCCGCCAAGAAAACCGCCCCAACCACCGAUGGUAAGAAGAGAACUAAGGCCAGAAAGGAAACUUACUCCUCUUACAUCUACAAGGUUUUGAAGCAAACCCAUCCAGACACCGGUAUUUCUCAAAAAUCCAUGUCUAUCUUGAACUCCUUCGUUAACGAUAUCUUUGAAAGAAUCGCUACUGAAGCUUCCAAGUUGGCCGCUUACAACAAGAAGUCUACCAUCUCUGCUAGAGAAAUUCAAACUGCUGUCAGAUUGAUCCUACCAGGUGAAUUGGCUAAGCACGCUGUCUCUGAAGGUACUAGAGCUGUCACCAAGUACUCUUCUUCCACUCAAGCUUAA